CAGUGGUAGGCACAAUUAUAUUUAUGGGAAUCUGAAAGUGAAGUGUAAUCAUAUUUCAGAAACACUGACUCUUACAACAAGUCAGUGAACACAGUGAUUUCUCUGUCGAGAACUGUAUUGAAUCUGAAACUAAAAUCUGAAGUUAGUUCCUGGAGCAGCGCGCCCCAAUGCACCUAUUCAGUGACGUUUCAAGGUGAAUACCAAAAGCGCUUUUGUGAUAAGCAGGUUUUUCGCAGCUCUGUAUUCACUGGGAAUUUAUCAGUUUAUUUUUGCGGUUGAACCUGUCGGUGCAGCGCGUUUGCCAGCUGUUUGAUUUGAGCUUUUAUGUGACAAGUGAAGGAUAAUUGCCAGCGCGAGACUUUUGACAAGGAACUCGGAUCUCGGGCUUGAUCCGACUGUUGCAUGGUCAAAUGGCAGAAACUACAAAAGAAGAAGUAGACGAUGGAAAUGAAGUUAAUGACCCAUCAGAAUGGGAUGAGGAUACAACCAAGGGUUUGAAAAAUAGUGGAGAACAGAUGGGAAGUCCAGUCAAAGAGAAGAGUCUUGGAGUCUUGAAGUCAUUCAGAAGGAAUUUGAAAGGGUUCAGCCCUAAGACACAGAAAGACAAAAGGUCAGAGAACACAGACGACCAAAGCUCAAAUUCUCCAUUACGACCACCACUCUCUCCAAUUGAAAUAACAGGUUCACUGGCAAGGAGAGGGGCAUCGAUCAAGCAGAGCUUUAGUCUGGGUACUAAAAAAGGCAAACACGAACCACUUGAACCUGUCACAGAGGCCAUGACUUUAUCUGAAGAGCAGACCGAGGUCGUAGACACAGUGUUGAAGCUCAGAGACACAUAUACUCUGCCAGAGAUACCACCUAUGCCUUUGUCAGUAAUGGAGAUUAACAAACUCAUAGAGUCAGAACAUUUAGAGGAGGCCUACGUGAAUCUACUGUCACUACGUCAGGAGCUUCAGCGGGAGCUUCAAGCUCUGGAUCAAGAAGACUGUCCCAUCGAACUUGUCAAUAAAGAGAAAGACAUCCGUCUGCUCUAUGGCACACUAAGGAAGAAAAUGUCUGCCAUUGUAUGUAACUCCAGUGCUCUUCCCUCGUGCAAUAAAGAGCUGUUGGUGUAUGUAGCAUACAUUAUCCUGGAGGAAGAGAAGAGACAGGGAGAGCCAGGAGAGAUGCAGGGAUGGAGGGAAGCAUGGAGGGAUGCGGUACUAAACGGGGUUCGAGAUACACUGGAGAAAAUUCCUCUGGAAAGCCGCAAGCAGAACGCUUCCUGGCUGGCAGUGCAUCUGGGGCUUGUGGGUAAAGCUGUGAAGGAGGAUUUGCAGAGAGUGAAGACUGAGCUUCUGAGCUCAUAUCCAGCAGACUUUAAUGUGUUUGAAACGUAUGUGUCCUGCCACCAUGAGACUGUAGGAGAGCAUCUAAAGAGUCUUCUGGAAAAGGUGACAGUGCUGAAAGAUUACUACGCUCUUCUAGAUUUCAUUAUUCAACGCUACCCCAGUGAGAAGAUAAUGGGAAGCAGCUCUCUGCAGCCUGAGUUGAAGGAAGAUCAGAGAGCGCUGCCAGUGGACAAAGGUUUCCUUGAUCAGAUAAAAGACAAAUACUGUGCUCGCUUACAGGAUGACAUGAAAACAUCACUGAACAGAAUUAUUGACUUGGAGCAUGAGGAAAUGUGGAAAGAAAAAAGAAAUCCAGUGAUUGAUGAGGGAAUCUACAGCUCACACAUUGACAUGGACAUCUGGACGCAUAUUAAAGGCCAUGUACAAGGAUCCAGAAGAAUCGAUGUGAACCUUGAGCAGAAGGUUGUGCGUUCCUGUUUGGAGGAACUGAAGACCUUUCCAAAACGGUUUGAGUCGGCGUUUGUUGAGUGGAGCAGUCCUCUCUCUAACUCCUCUCUCUGGGCAGAGUAUCACAUCAGCUACAUCAAUAGCUUUAGUGCCCUGAAAGAGCACAUGGAGAGCUAUAAAGACACCAGCCCGAUUCAGCUGGAGCUGGUUCAAAAAGAAAUAGAUAGACUGACCACCAGUUUGAGUCGAGCUGUGAUGGAGAACUUCAAAACAGAUGUCCAGCCCUUCCUCAGGAGACAGAUGACAGCGAAAUGGUUUUUAUUUGAUGAAGACUUUUCACAGCUGAUCCGCAGAACUAAGACUCUUUCUGAACAGAGCAAGUACAUGACCCUAAAACAUAAACAGGCUUUCGUGAAUGAAGCUCACUUUUUUGUGGUAAAAGAAUAUGUAUCUCAGCUGAUGAAGAAUAACUACAUGUGCAAAAACAGGAAGAAUGAGACAGCUGCCACUAAGAUCACAAAUCAGUGGGAGGAACUGAAGGAGACCUUCCAAGAUAUGAACUCCUCCUUAGAUUGGCUCCAUCCAGUCGGGCACCAGCUGAGCAAUAUCAUUGGGUGCAAAAAAAGUGAUGUAAAAAAUAACCUAGAGACAUUAGUUGAGAACUAUCCAGAUAUCAGGAAGGGUCAUCUCUCAGCUUUGCUGUACUUCCGGGGAAUUAUAAGAGGCAGGGAAAAGCAUACUAUACUACAGCAGCUGGCAGAGCUGAAACAGAAAUCAGGGAAUACUGGGAAUAGAGAGCAGGCUCUCUUUAGUGAGAUACAAGCAGCGGUUAACACAGACUGCCUGGCUGGUACACCCUUCUCCUGUCUGUCCUUCAUUGUACCAGACAGCUAAUGCAUUUCAUUUGAUUUGAAGUGGACCAUGUCUAAUGUAUGAGCAAUAAGGAAUGUUUUUAUUACUCUAUGAAUCCUUCAUAGUUUUGAAACAUUGUUGCCUUUUUGGGGGAAAAAAAGAUGAGGUAAAGAUGGGCUAAAAAUGUUUUUAGUGUGUUGUGAUCAAAUGUAUGCCAUUUGUUAAUGUUAAUUAAUUAGUAAAUAAUGAUACCACUAGGUCUUGAAAUGUGGUAUUUCUAGAUGCCAUAUCCUAGUCGAGAAGCUCUCUCAAAAAUGCAUGCCAGUUUCAGGAAUCCUCUACAAACAUAUUCAAUGUUAAAUUGAUGUCUUUCUGAUCGUCUUCACUCAGAAAUUGCUUAUUACCGCUGUAAGUAGUAAAUAAGUGAAAUAAGUUGUAAAUGUUGUGAACCCUAUCUUCUCUACACCACCAGAGGUCUCUAUAAACAACAAACAGCAGUGCACUUUCCAAUAUCUUUAUUAGCAUUAUUAUUCUAAAUUACUGAUCAGUUUAAUAUUUUUUCCUAUGCUUGACUCUCCGUUUUCAACAAUUAGUAUUUGAAAACGUUCAUUUGGUUUUAAAUUAAUUUUCAGGAUUUUAAACUUGGACUGUUUUUUCGGGCCUCUAGCGGUUGAAGCGUAAAACUGCAUGCUGCUUGCGGAAUUACAUUGUUGUUGUAAUUAAUGCGAGUUAUUGCAGAUGAUAAUCACUUUAUCAGUGGAUCUGACAACAUCAACACUUCAACCACUACCAGUAAAUAAAUAAAUCUAUUUUUGAAAGAAAUGUAAAUAUCUAAAACAUAUAUAUUGAGCAGGGAAGCAGCUUAUAUACUUUUUGUUUUAAAAUAAAGUUUAAAAAUUAUGAAGGUUAUCAGGUUUAACCAUUGUUAAUAAUAAUAAAAACGUUGUUUUGUAAACCA